GGGCAGCACAUUUCCUCACACAGCUGCACGCAGCUGCAUAACCUGUUGUAACCUGAAAAAACCAGAGGAAUCGCAUUGAUUGGGCGAGGAUAUCAUCAUGCCUCCUAUGUAGCGUGUUUUUUUUCAUGCAAAAUUUCAUCGAAUGUUUUGUCAAAUAUUGAUAGUUUCAAUUGGGAUCUUUGGAGAUAAGUCACGUGUGAUAACAUUCUGAUAUCAAUAUUGAAUGUAUUGAAUCUUGCAGUGCACUCAGUGUUUUAAGAAUAUCGUUCACGUCGAAGGGUAGUUGGCAUUUAAAGAAAACCCAAGAAGUAAAAAAAGAUUUCUUAGUAUGUCAAUUUACUUUGAUUACAAUGCGACUACUCCCCUUGCUCCCAGUGUUAUUGAAAAAAUUGGAGAGGCUUUAAGAACAAAAUGGGGAAACCCAAGUUCUAGUUAUAGUAUAGGCAUAAAUGCUAAAGAAUCAAUUGAUGAAGCUCGUGCACAUGUGGCAUCUAUGAUUCAGGCCAAGCCAGAAGAUAUAAUAUUCACAUCAGGAGGAACUGAGGCUAACAAUAUGGUAAUUUUUGGAAUCUUGGAAUAUUUCAAAAGAUUCACAGAUACAGUGUCAUCUACUAAAAUUCCUAAGAAUGAUAAUACAGGGAAACCUCAUGUCAUCACAACAAAUGUAGAGCACGAUGCUGUGAUAUUGCCUUUGAGAUAUCUUGAAAGGAGAGGAGAUAUUGAUUUAUCUAUUGUCCCUGUUGCUUCUAAUGGAAGCAUUUCAGUGGAGGAUGUUAUGUCACAUGUAAAACAGAAAACAUGCUUAAUUACAGUGAUGCAUGCUAACAAUGAAACUGGAGUGAUUAUGCCAGUGGUUGAAAUAGGCAGAUCUUUGAAAAAAUUGAACAAUGAAAGGAAAUCAAAAGGUUAUGUCAGAAUUUUGUAUCAUACAGAUUCUGCACAGGCAAUUGGCAAAAUAACAGUAGAUGUGAAUGAAAUGCAUGUUGAUUACCUCACAAUAGUGGGUCAUAAGUUCUAUGGUCCUCGAAUUGGGGCUUUGUUCGUCCGUGGCCCUGCCUCUGUGUCUCCCAUUCAGCCAAUGUUCUAUGGUGGGGGACAGGAAAGGGGCUGGCGACCUGGAACGGAAAACACACCCAUGAUUGUUGGUUUAGGAGAAGCUGCUCGCCUUGUCCAUGACAAUCUUCACUCAUACCAGGAUCACAUGCUUUCGAUCAGAACUUAUUUAGAAGAAAAACUCACGGAGACUUUUGGAAAAGACAACAUUCGUUUUAACUGUUCAUCGUCUGAGCGUCUGCCAAAUACCAGCAAUAUUUCUCUUGUUGGAAAUGGACUUUAUGGACAUGUUCUGUUAUCCAAGUGCCAGUUCCUUACUGCAAGCAUUGGUGCAGCAUGCCACAAGCAGAAUAAACCUUCAGGAAUCCUUCUUGCUUCAGGAAUUCAGGCUGAGAUGGCAGCAAAUGCAAUUCGCUUAAGUGUGGGUCGUGAUACAACAAAAGCUGAUGUAGAUUCAAUUGUGAGUGAUUUACUACAAGCUGUAACUACAGUGCAACAGCAACAUAAGGAAACCAACUACCGGAACUCUCAUGAAAACAAUUAACUAAUAACCCCUCAGAACCUGAAAGACCUUUUUCACAGAAGAAAAAUUACAAGAUAUUUUCUGUAUAAGAAAAUUAAUUUCUUUAAUUACUGGAAGCUUUUUGCCAUUGGUUAUUGUAAUAUUUGAGGAUGAAUUUUUGUACAAUCAUUUUCAGAAAUUAUUAUUUUUAUUCUUACAAUACAAUAAUUUUUAACAUACUUACAAUAUUAACUUAAGGUAUGCCUCGAAUGCAAGAUCAAUAUCAAUCGUGUAACUUUCUUCAAAUCAUAAUAAAAUUUUUACAAAAUUGAAUAUUGUAAAUAACACAUAAUGUCUGCAUAUAUGUGCAUUAUGUUUAUAUGUAAAUGUAAAAUAAAUGUAUGUGUGUAGUUUUAGAAGUAGAAGAAUGAGUUUUGAAUGUCUAGUUCUAUAGUAAACGGACCCAAAUUUUUGCAGUAAUCUGUACUAAUGUAAUUCUACAAAUGAAAACAAUAAACCCAAUCUAUGGUAAACGCAUUAUUUUGUGCGAUUUGUUUUGAGAAAAGGUUUAGACUUUCUUGCAAGAUUGCAAAUUAUUUACUUCACUUCCCUUGCAAUAUUUUUUGUAGAAUAUGGAUUGACAGUUUUUCAUAUUGAUGAAUGAAUAAUUAUUUGAUUAAUAAUGUAAUAGCAACUUCAUUUUUAUUGGAGGCAUUAGUUGUGAGACUUUAUAUUUCAUACAUUAUUUUUACGGACUGAAUUAUUUCAAACUGCUAGUAAAAGCAUACAAAUUUACAGACAUCUCUUGUUUAAAUAGAAUUUUUCCACAAUUAUUUAUUUUAUUAAUAUAGAAAAAUACAUUAACUAAAUAUGAAUUAAAUUCAUUUGUUUACUUUGUACAUUUUUCA